AUGAAAAUCAUCCUCACAGGCGCAACAGGACUCAUAGGCUCCGCAGUCCUCCAACGUCUCAUUUCCCUUCCUACUAUAACUUCCAUCAUCGUCCUCUCGAGACCAGAACUCCCCACUAAGCACCCCAAAAUCCAAACUAUCAUCAUCCACGACUUUUUACAUGGAUACUCGCCAGAUGUCCUAGCUAGUAUCCAAGGUGCUGAAGCUUGCAUUUGGGUUUUGGGUUCUCCCACCUCGGGAAGAGAGGUCCAUCACGAUAUGACUAUGGCUGCUACAAAGGCGUUUUCUGAAAACUGUGUUGAGCAGGUUGGGAAGGAUAGUGGUGGUAGUGGUGGUGGUCAGAAGGCAUUUAGAUUUGUGUACACGAGUGGGUCGCUUGUUGUGACGGAUCAGAAUGCUCAGACGUGGUUUAUGGGUGAUGGGAGGAAGAUGAGGGGAGAUGUUGAGACCAAAGUCAUCGAAAUGGAGAAGCAGCAAGGUGGAUCGUGGAAGUCUUAUAUUGUGCGUCCUUCACUGGUGACGACGGGGGAGCCAAUCUAUAAAUUCCUACUGGGCGGGAAUUACAUUCCCAAGGAGGAACUUGCGGCUACAAUGGUUGAUUUGGCGGUAAAUGGUGGCGAUCAGCAAACGCUGAAUAACGCCGAGCUGAAGCAGAGGGGCAAAGAUGUGUUGCGACAAACAUGA